UCACCAGCGAGCGACGGUAGCCAUUUUGAAGUCAACAGUGAAGAAGACGGAAACUGCGUGUUUGUUGUUCAGCGGCUGUUUUUACUCACAAUAAAGACUCAACAUGGCUAUGCAAGCAGCGAAACGCGCUAAUAUACGACUGCCUCCAGAGGUCAACAGAAUCCUUUACGUCAGGAAUCUUCCUUACAAGAUCACAGCUGAAGAAAUGUAUGAUAUCUUUGGGAAAUAUGGACCAAUACGUCAAAUCAGAACCGGGAACACACCUGAAACGAGAGGAACAGCCUACGUGGUGUAUGAAGACAUUUUCGAUGCCAAGAACGCCUGUGACCAUCUGUCAGGCUUCAACGUCUGCAAUCGCUACCUGGUCGUCCUCUACUACAAUGCAAACAGAGCUUUCCAGAAAAUGGACACAAAGAAGAAAGAGGAGCAGUUGAAGCUUCUGAAAGAGAAAUAUGGGAUCAACACAGACCCUCCGAAGUAGACUCCCUGAAACCCCCACCUUUCCACUUCCACACAGUUUUCUUUAUCUGUACAAAUGUCACAACGUUCUUUUUAAUCACUUGGUUGUGUUAGAUUUUUAUUUUUUAUUCUGUAACUUCCAUUCAAAGAUACAUCUGAACCUUCUAGGGAAUCUGGCUGUAUUUUAGCAGGAGGGCUGUGCUGUGUGCAGCCACAGAAUGGUGCUUCUUAAAAUUCGCUUGUCAGUUUGAUUUUCAGGACUUCAAAUAUUGAUGUGUUCCUGUCAGAAAGUGACUGACAGGCGGAACAAACUCUUCAGCAGAAAACAGGGUGCAGAAUAAUGACAUGGUUGUAGUUUUCAGCCUCGUCAGCAUCCUUAAAAUCUGCCACGUCAGAUUUCUUUACUGCCUUCUUCCCCCCACAAACUUUUAAUUUAAACCGUUUCUUCAGCAUGUGAUUUGAGCUUGAGUUGAGCAGAACCAGCUAUGUAAAGGGUAUAAUGUCUGUAAAAUAAAUGUUCUUUUUCCUAAAA